AUGCAGAAGUACAUCGCCUUCUCUGUUCCUUUUUGCUUCCUUGAUUCAUUUAUCGAUCGAUUUCAGAAUGGACGUCGACUUGGGCACGUUGACGCCUUCGCGGCUCUUCGCCAUGUACACCUCCAACCUCGUCUGGUCCCUAUUUCUCACUUCGACCGCACUCCACGCGGUUGCGCUCAUCACUAGUCCAGUGUAAGUUUCGUGCUGCGCCUUUCUUUAAACAACUACGGUAAUUUUCAAACGUGAGCGUUGCGAAAUUUGCGAAUUUCCCGAUUUCUGUGCUAAAUAAUCGAAGAAACAGUGGAAUUUGAUGAGAAAACGUUAUAAAUUAUCAGUUUUAGUCCAUUUCGGCAGGAUUUUCACUUCACUGACAAAACAUUCAUUCGACGACCUUCAAAAUGACUUAAGUUUCUCAAUUUUGCUUUGAAUUCGAGGGCUCUGUGCGCUCUAUUGCACUCAGAACGGGUAGAACGUCAAUAAAUAUCUAAUUUUCAUUUUCAGACAAGCCGUGUACAAAUGGGUCCGCCGACAGAGCAGCGACAGCGACACGCCGAUUCCGUACGUCUGCGCAGUCAUCGGGUGAGUUUCCUUGUCUAGCCUACGCGACCACACACCUCAAACAUCACACUCGUAUCCACCGGGGUUCUUUUUUUUCAAAGAUAUUAUCGUGUUGCCAAAUAACACAAACAAUUUUUUGCGACGAAACAUUUUAAAAAACCAGAAAGGUUCCAGUGGCAGUGUGUGAGAGAUUUCAAAUGCGAUUUUGAGUAAUAACAGUUUCUUUUUCCCGGAAAUUAAUUCUUGCCCGAAAUUUUUCAUAGAAUUUGAAUUCGCGAGCUCUCGCUGGCCUAGAAUGCUUAGUUUUGAGUUGUGGAAGAGAAACGACAUUUUCCAGAUCCGCGUUAUGGCUGCGCUAUUCGAUUUUCCUGCGAGACACGAAGCUGAUUCUUCUGCAGACGUACGCAGUCUCGAUGCAACUCUUCUUCGUCGCCGCCCUCAUCUUCUACCGUACCAAAAGAGUACAUAUCAUCUCGGGGCAUUUCUCUGCAAUCGCCUAAUCUGGCCGAACUUCUCAUUUUUCUUCAAACUCGACACGAUCUCCCAGGGCGCUCGUAAAUUGCGGAGUGUCGUUGUAACUUUUGAAAAUUUGCAGGUCUGAAAAAGCAGUUCAAUUCGAGUUUACGACCUUUAUUUCUUUCUUUUUGACUUGAAAAACGUCUAGAAAACAAUAUUUUACUGAUUGGAAACCGUUCUUUACAGAAUUUCGAGUUUUUCAUGUUUUUAGCGUCUUUUUCGCAUUUCGUCAAAACUUCAAACCUUUAUAUUUCUGCUCAUUUUGCAUUUCAUGAGCCCAACGAACGAUAAAAAUGUUCGCUGAAUCUUUCUUCACAAAAUUCAGGUUCCGGCGGUUGGUUUUCUUGAGUAGUUUUCAAAAACUACUCGAAAAACGUCAAAAUCCAGGCCAAAACCUUCGAAUCGAAAUAACUCGGCAAAUUCUCAACGAUAUGUGAGAUUUCUGUUACCAAAAUGUAGCUAGCGCUCUAAUUAUUCGACGCCAGGUUCCAGGCGUACAAAAAAUAGGUGUAUUGUGCAGAAAACAUGGAAAGAACGCGAACUCCCGUUGAAAAUUAAUUAAUCGGCCGCCACGUAAAUCGACACAGCCCGCCUGUUGCAAUUCCGCCCCAUUGAAAUCAUUCGCGCCCUGGGAGACCGUGCUCGACCCCGAGAAGAGCGCGAUUGCAAUGAAAAGCACCAUAACAAAAUUUGAACGGAAUCUUUAGUUUUCUGGUUCCAAGCUCACUUUUUAAAGUGUUUUCAUUCUGUUUCACGAGAAAACAUUUCAAAUGUUGACUUUUCUGGAAAUUUUUUAAUUGCAGCGAAAGCUAAUCCGUCUGAUGACGGGCAUCGGAGCCGCGAUGCUCCUUCUUUUCCUCUACAUCGGCAACAUGAACGACGAGGACGGCAAGGAGGUGAGUGUCUGCGUCUCCGCCCUCUCCGCACUCUCUCUCUCGCCUCCCUUUUGCAGUUCACUGGCCGUAUCGCGUCUAGCGCCCAAAUCGCCGGUUCUCUCGUGUGUCCCUACCUCAUCGUAUGUGUGUUUGUCUCGUUUUCCGUCGGACGGGGGUAUAGCUCAGGGGUAGAGCGCUCGCUUCGCAUGCGAGAAGUCUGGGGUUCAAUUCCCCAUACCUCCAAAUACGUUUUGCAGUACAAAGCCGUCUCCUCCCGAUGCAUUGACUUUGUGCCUCUCGCGCCCGUCGUCUUCACAUGGGUAAUGGAGCUUCACGCGAUUGUCUACAGCAUCGGAAUCGACGAUUUUUACAUGCUUGUAAGUCAAACUGAAGAAAUGGGCAAACGCGCUCUAUUGCACAUCCCGCCAAAUUAAAAAAUUCUAAAAGAAAACUGAUUCUAGCCAAGCGGCCGCACAUGAAACUGCGUAAUUUGAAUUUUCUGUUGGAAAAUUUCACCAUUUUUGUUGAAAUAACGCAAAAUUCAGUCGGCAGAAGCACAAAAAACCGAGAAAUUUGAAUUUGUUCUGGUGUUUUUCUGUGUUGCGCCUUUAAGAACCCGACCGAGGUUACUGUAGGCCCACACGAUUUUUAGAAAAUAUCAAAGUUUGCAGCUCGCCAACACAAUCUUCUUCUGCAUGGACGGCUCGCUGCUCUCAAUGUUCUUUGUGUUUCCGACGGAGAAGAAGAAGAAGAACGAACUGAAAGCGUCACCAGUGCCGACGAUCAUGUAACCCCCUAACUAAGAUUCUUGUGUGUGUGUAUUGGUCUGACAUCUCAGGUUUUGCCAAUAUCAUUCUCUCUCUCUCUCUGUCUCUGUUUCAAAGUAAACGGGUACCAGUUUCAUUUGAUAAGUGAAGAAUUAAUUGGGAGAAAAGGGCACGGGAAGCGGGGAGAUUUAGAGACGAAAAAUCGGAACAAAAAGAAGAGGAGAAGGGAGAAAAAGAAGAAGAAGAAGAAGAAGAAGAAGACGUUUAUCAUUUCGUCGCCUUAAUCGGACGAUUCUCCACCGCAAUCAUUAUCAUCUCCCCACCAAAAUCGAAUCCAUUUGGUACGUUUUCGUCUACUUCUUCAAGAAAAUCAAGUUUUGUUUGAACUUUCCCCCUUGCUUUAAUUAUAGACGAAUCCGUCACUUUUACUUGCCAUUCUCCUUUUCCGGCCCACCCGCCAAACGGCCAUUUCUGUCCUUCCCCUGACGCGUUCGAAUGAGCUGUUUCACCUCGACCAAACUUUUCAUUUCUCAUCAAGAGCAAAUCGUUUCCUCAGCAGUCAUCACUACUCAAACACUCCAAAAAGCCCAGGAGAAGAUCGAUAUGGCAGGAGUGACGGCGGUCGAGAUUCCGCAAUGGAUCCAGGAGAAUCAGGCCGAGUUUGUGCCGCCCGUCUGCAACAAGUGCAUGUUCUCGGAUCAGCUGAAGGUGUUCUACGUUGGCGGGCCCAAUCAGCGCAAGGACUUUCAUUUGGAGGAGGGCGAGGAGUUCUUCUUUCAACGCAAAGGCGACAUGAUUCUGAAGGUGAUCGAGAAGGGACAGGUACGGGAUUUGGUGAUCAAGCAGGGCGAGAUGUUCAUGCUCCCCGCGAGAGUCGAGCACUCGCCCCAACGCUUCGCCAACUCGAUCGGGCUUGUUGUGGAGCGAGAGCGGAAGAAUACAGAGUUUGAUUGUGUCCGAUUCCUUGUCGGAUCUUCGAAUGUGACGCUCUUCGAACGGUGGUUCUUCUUGACCGACGUCGUCAAGGAUUUGCCGCCUCUGAUCAAGGAUUUCUACAAUUCCAAUGAGUUCAAGACUGGUAAGAACGGAAUUGUGUUUUACCUACCGCACCCCAAUGUCUCCCUCCCUUUCAAAACGAUAUAUCUCUGCUGUGUGUCGAGAUAUCAAAAAUUUGUCAACUGAUAAAAUGUACAAAAUGUUCUGGUGAUCAAUUUGUCAGUUGACAAUUUUUUGCUAUCUCCACCGGCAACCAAGAUAUAUCGUCGGGAACUCUGACACAUUGUCCGCAAACAAGUGUACUGUUUAAGCGAAUUUUCAUUCAGGGAAGCCCGGAAAGGGAACAUUCGCGUGCAACGCACCGUACGAGGCGAGAUGGACCGACCUGCCGCAGCCGGUGAACAGAAAAGAGUUCAUCUACGAUCACAUCGGCGAAGUGAAGAACGGACCGGUCAAGAUCUACGGCGCGCCCGAGUACAAGACGGAAGUGAUGCUCCUCGGCGAGGGCUCGUACGACUUGGAGAGCGGAGCAGUCGAACUGCUCAUCUGGCUGCAGGAGAACACGUUCGCGGUGAUCGAGGAGAGCGGAUUCACGUACGCGCUCAAAUCGGAGACGUUGGUCCGGAUAAAGCCGAGCACCAAGUGAGAUUUUAAAUACGAAAACCUUCCAUCUCCACCCAUUCUUGUUUCAGAUGUCUUCUGAACGUGAAAGGCGGCUUCGCAAUCACCAUCCGAAUGCCAGCAUAA